AUGGCCAAGAACCAAGACAAUGCCGCGCUCAUAAAUGGAAGUGCAAUGAAGCCUGAUGCCUUCGAUGGCACGAAGUCCAAGUAUAUUGCUUGGAAGACACAGAUGAAGCUCUAUGUAGUAACGCAAAGGAAGCGACUGCCUGAGCAAUUCGACAGGGUCUUAAUGAUCUUGUCCUAUAUGAAAGGAGGACAUGCUGGCGAAUACGUCGCCACAUACAUGAAGAAAUACAACACCGAUGAAAACACGGUGAUCCAGACCACGGCAGAACUAUGGACGGAUUUGGAUAGACAUUUCCUAAUCGACGAGCAGGCCGAAGCCUACGACCGUUUGCAAGCAAUGCAGAUGGGAACGCUAUCAGCGCAAGAGUUCUUCUCGAAGUUUGAGUUGUGCGCCUUCCAGGCGAAUAUUCACGACUUCGAAGCACACUUCCAGAAACUCAAGUCGCUUCUAGAAAAAGCGCUCCGGGCCGACAUCAUCCGACUUCUAUACAAUUCAUCGGAAGAACUCCCCGCCACAUAUGCACUCUACAAGCAACGGGUCGUGCGCAUCGACCUAACUCAGCAACAGGACAGUUUCAACCAAGGCAGCAGCAGGCGCAAAACCCACCGCGAACAAACGCACCCGCACCAGCAACUGCUACUGCGCCAGUUCAAACACGGCGCGACGGAACCGGUGUCACAUUCGGCGAUAGGGGACAACCGAUGGAUUUGGAUCAAGCGCGACGUCAGGGUCUUUGUUUCCGAUGUGGUCAACAGGGCCACAUAUCACGAAAUUGCCCUAAUCGACAACAAGCUCAACAAGUACGAGCUGUGGAAACCCCGGUAG